UGUCGUUAUAUUCGAAAUGUUCCCCAUGUUAUAAUAAUGUUACCAGCGUUCAAAAUUGAAACUAUUCCAACAGGUUAAUUGUAAUGGUCCUGCUUUUAAUUAUGGUGAAAAUCGGCACCUUUCUGGAUAAGUCGCCGAUAUUAUCCCUGAUCCUCUCAUGUUGAGUGGAUCAAUCGGACUUCGUAAUGACCUUGAAGAAAUUCAUAAUGAGUUCAUUCUUGUUUGCAGUUAAGCCAAUCUAAGAUUUUUAACUUCUGAUAUGAAUCAAUAAAUCUCUCCCCUGUUGUCAGGGGAAGUACAACCGUGGAAAGGACGAUUUGGGAUGCACAUCGAGUUGACGCAGCUUUUCUUGAGUCCAUCUCACUACUAAAAACAAGAAGAAUAAGUUUGGAACGGCAAGCAUAUUCGUAGCAGCAGCUUUGUUCUUCCCCGGCAGUUCCGAUGGUUAAUAUUUCAGUUUUUUGUAGUGAAACACUUCAAGAAUCGGCAACAUUGAUCACGUUAUCUAUAUGUAUGCAACGCUGCAACUGUGUAAUGCCACAUCAUUCGAAUGAGUCAUGGGAAUCCCAAUCCCAGUAUAAAGUUAUAUUAUAUUUUCACAUUAAAGAUACCAAUAAUUUCCAUUUCAUAGUUAUCGAUAUAUUUAUACCAAUUCAUUUGCAUAAUUUUGAAGACAUAUCCCCUUAAAAAAAUUAUAACUAAUAAAGUAUAUGAAGUGGUGUUUGAACAGUUCAGUAUAGUGAACAAUGGAUAACUCUGAAUCGAAAGUAAUCCGUAUUGUCAACUUAGAUAAAGACACCACAAAUGGUGAACUGAAAGAACUGUUAAGGGAACGAGUGAAUCUACGAGGUAAAAUUGAGAGAACUCAUAUUCGAACUAAUUCAAGGCUUAAUUUGGUUUUCGCUUACAUUAUAUUCGAACUCCAAUGUGAUGCCAAACAAUCAGCAGAAAUAUUGAAUGGUGCCUAUUACAAAGAGCGUCAACUAGAUGUGGCUGAGGUCACUCCGUAUGGCACUUACAAGAAAUACUUGCAGAGUCCCAGAGGAAACUUACCAAAAUUUCUUCUGGAAAGAGGAUUUGGCGAGUCCCGGAGGGAACUUGAUGCCAAGAUUUCUGAAACUUCUACAAAAAAUUUGGUAGCAGAUCCAAGAUCAUCCCGCCAAUUGAGAAGCAACUUAUUUGUAAAUAUACCUGAAAAUCAAUUUAAGCUUGGAAGUAGGCAUCGAAUGCACUUCGUGAACAAUUCAGCCAUUGGUGAAGGGGUAUGGAAGGGGUAUGGCCUGCAUAACGGAAGAGGCAAAAAUUAAUGAACAAAAUGAAGCGAAUUUAUUUGGAGUUUUGAUCUGGAAUCAGUAUUAUUUUACUUUUAUAUUUAUUAUUUCUACCUGUGAAUAUUUCAUGAAGAUUUAAGUAAAAAGUAUCCAUGUUAAUUGUAAGUUGACCAUAUCUGAAUAUAUUAAUAACAUAAAUAUUAUUCUCAGUAUUUACAGGUUUUCAUUUCAGAUUAUUAAAUUUGUACUACUGUGUUGAUGAAUAAAAUUCAGAUUGGGAUCUAUCCAAUUAGUCCGUAAUACUUUAGUCAAUAUACACAGUCUUUUAAAAAAUAA